AUGAUGGACAAUAGAAGCUACUCUAACAUGCCAGACAAACUGCCUGUCUUCACUGAUUCCUCCCACUUGCCACUGACCAGGUCCUUUUAUCUGGACCCCAUGGUCACGUUCCACCUCUACCCAGAGGGCCCAGUGCCAUCCCCUUACUCGGAAAACUUGCCAUUGCUGCCUUUUUCCAGUGACUCCCUGAUUGUGGAAGACUAUGGUGAACCCUGCGCCUUCUCCUUCCCAGUGCCUUAUCCAAAUUACAGAAGGUGCGAAUAUUCCUACGGGCCAGCCUUUAUCCGGAAAAGGAAUGAGCGGGAAAGGCAGCGGGUGAAAUGUGUCAAUGAAGGCUAUGCCCAGCUCCGACAUCAUCUGCCAGAGGAGUACUUGGAGAAACGCCUCAGCAAAGUGGAAACCCUCAGAGCUGCCAUCAAGUACAUUAAUUAUCUCCAGUCCCUGCUGUACCCUGAUGAGGCUGAGACCAAGAAUAGCCCCAGGAAAGGUUCCUCCAUAAUGGCAACCACCACCCGCCACUCCGACUCCAUUUUUAGAAUCAUUUGA